AUGGUCUCUAAAAUAUCUCGUGAACAGAUUCAGUUGCUGAUAUCUCAAAUUAAAGAACCGGCAUCUGUUCUUUCUCCGGACUCUGAAGGGUACGAAAAAAGCCUGGAAAGAUGGUCGGCAGUUGGAUGUCAACAGGCGGGAGUCAUUAUACGCCCGACAACCACCGAAGAUCUUGCAACUACCGUGCGCUUUUCCAGGGACAACCGACUGGACCUGGCAAUCAAGGGCGGAGGACAUUCCACAGACACCUCCUGCUCGAGUGAUGGAGGUAUUUUGAUCGACCUUGGCGGCAUGAGACAGGUCAGUGUCAACACAAUCGACUCAACUGUCACUGCACAGGGUGGAGCACUGUGGAAGGAUGUGAACGACACUGCUGCUCAGUUUAACCUGGCCUUAGUUGGCGGCACGGCCAGCCAAACGGGUGUCGGGGGGCUCACUGUCCGCGGGGGAUAUGGGUAUCUGACUCCGAAGUAUGGGCUGGUCCUUGACAAUCUUCUUUCUGCAAAAGUGGUGACUGCCGAGGGGCAAGUCUUAAAUGCAUCCAAGAACGAGCACCCUGACCUAUUCUGGGCGAUUCGGGGUGCUGGAGCGAAUGUCGGGGUCGCAGCGGAAUUGAGGUUCCAGGCACACACGCAGGCCAACGAGGUCUGGUGCGGCACCAUGAUGUUCACGCGUGACAAACUGACCGAAGUUGUCGAGGCACUCAACGGUGCGCUCAUUCAUCCAGAGGGAAAUGCGGCAGCGCAAUGUGUCUUUGCUGUAUCUCCUGAUACUGGGGCCCCAGUUGUCACCACGGUCCUCGUAUUCAAUGGCCCCGAGGAGGAAGGCAGAAUGCAUUUUUCUAGCCUUGUUAACUUGGAAUGUAUCAACACGAACAUGGAAAUGAAGUCCUACAAAGUGGCCAACACGAUGCUCGACGAUGCAAUGCCGCCAGGUGGAAGAAAAAGGAUCAUUGGAGUGAAACUCGUUCCCCCUAUUCGGCCUGAAUUUGCCUCGGAAUUGUCUGAAGAAAUCAGUCGCAAACUCACCACAGCGCCAGAAUUAGCCAAAAGUUGUCUCGAGAUCGAUUAUUUUGAUCUUUCGAAGGUCUGUGGUGUGCCCGUUGCCGAGACUGCCUUCCCAAGUCGGACCAAGACUCUAAAUGGGGCGCUCAUCCUUCAGUGGGUCGAUCCGAGCAAGGACCAGGACUUCAUAUCAUGGGGGAAACAAUCCAGAAUAUGUGUGAGAGUGAGGUACGACGAGCUGGUUACAAGCCAGAUAAACUGGUGUCGACAUUCUUCGGCUACACGCAUGAUGACAACAUGA